AUGGUGCUGAAAAAGGAGCUGCUAAACAGGGAAAUUCAGCACUGUGGGAACAGGCAAUAUGGUUACCUCUUGGGUAAAAUGAGCACAAAAUCAGCAUCAGAACCCCCGCUAGCUCCUUCUGUUUCUGAAGGAGAGGAUGAAGGUGGUGAAGAGGAAGAUAAUGACGAACCUCCCUCUGUUAUCGCACUGUGGCCUGAACAUACAAAAUCAAUCUACACAUGCUCUGUAAUUGAACCUGCUGCUGCACCAGCACCAGCUAAAGGAGCCACCACUCGCCAGCCUGAAAACUCAAACACUUUGUACAGAGACAUGUACCGGCAGCAAAAGAUACCUAAAAUGACAGAUGAGGAGAUCCUAGAGAAACUGAGGAGCACUGUGAGCAUGGGAGAUCCUAAGAAGAAAUACACUCGAUUUGAAAAAGUUGGGCAAGGGGCAUCUGGAACUGUCUAUACAGCACUUGACAUCACCAUGGGACAAGAGGUAGGUGUCAACAGCCCCAGCAGAUUUUGCAGUGUUGUUGGUCCCAAGCUGGUACCAUAUUACAUCAUCCCUGACUGGUGCCUGCAAGCCCUGGAUUUCCUUCAUUCAAAGCAAGUGAUUCACAGGGACAUCAGAAGUGACAACAUUCUUCUUGGAAUGGAUGGGUCUGUCAAAUUGGCUGAUUUUGGCAUCUGUCGGAUCACCCCUGAGUAGUGUAAACAGAGCACAAUGGUCGGGUCUCCAUAUUGGAUGGCACCAGAAGUGGUGACAAGAAAAGCAUACAUCCCCAAAGUGGACAUCUGGUCGCUUGGAGUCAUGGCAAUAGAGAUGGUGGAAGGACAACCUCCUUACCUUGAUGAAGAUGCUCUCAGGGUGACGUAUCUGAUAGCGACAAAUGGGACACCAGAGCUGCAGAACACCAAGCAACUGUCCGCUGAGUUUCGGGCCUUUUUGAACUGCAGCCUGGAGAGGGAUGUGGACAGGCAAGGGUCUGCCAAGGAACUUCUACAGCAUCCAUUUUUAAAGAAAGCCCAGCCUCUGUCUAGCCUGACUCCUCUGAUCAUUGCAGCAAAGGAAGAUUAA